CUCACCACAGACACGACUCUCAUUGUUGGCGGCCGCACUCACGACAGAAUGACCGACCCGGCAACGAGAAUCCUUGAUAUUAGUCGGGGAGCCAUGAAAGGCGACCUCCGAACGGAAAUCAUAGAGGGUCUCCAGGCUGACCCAGCCCAGCUACCCUCGUUGCUCUUGUGGGAUGAUGAGGGUCUGCGGCUGUUCAACCGCCUGGUCCAGUCCGAGUCCUAUUAUCUCGGGGGUAAGGAGGGAGAGAUCUUGAGGAAACAUGUAGCGGCCAUCACGGCGCAAGUUCCGUCGGGGGCGGUGAUCAUCGAAUUGGGAUGUGGGCAACGGCGCCGCGCCGUCUCCUACUUAGCGCUUGAUGUCUCAGCCCAGGAACUGUCCGCCAGCGUAGACGCCUUGGAGCAGGAGUUUGAGGGCGCUGCCUUCGUUGACAUCCGUGGGCUACAUGGGACAUACGACGACUGCGUCCACUGGAUUUCCCAAGGCGCAUCCCUCGGCAAAGAUGUCAUCUUCCUCUGGAUGGGAAACAGUAUGACCAACGGAGGCUUCGACAGCGCGCAGGCCGUCUUGCGAGACGCGGCGGUUGCUUGUAAGCGCAACGGACUCGGGGUCCAAUUCCUUGUCUCGUGCGAUGCGUGCCAGGACCCAGUGCGCCUCAUGGACGCGUAUGACGUGGCUGUGCCGCACCACCGGGACUUCAUUCUCCAUGGGUUAGAAAACGCCAAUCGGGUGCUAGGGCGGCCUGUCUUUCAGCCGGCCGACUGGACCGCCCACGCACAGUAUGAUGCAAAGCACAGUAUGGUCGACGUCUCCUACAUGCCGAUACGGGAGCUAGUCUUCCACGUGGAAGAUGGACGGCCCCCGGUGUCAUUGCAACCAGGUGCUAAGGUCCGCGCCAUCACAAGCGGGAAAUGGUCCCCUCAGCAAAUGGACGCGGUGGCCCGCGGCGCACACUUGCAGGUCGAGCAGACAUGGAUGGAUGACGAACAAAUCUACGGUAGGUGGGAGGACAUCCUCGGCGGCCUGGACGACACACGCUAA